UGGACAUUGAAAAAAAACGUCACCCCCUUCAUACAUUUAAACUAGCGUUAGCCACCACUAGCGUGCCGCCCUUACGCGCAUUUCCACCGCACGCAAACAAGUAUGUUUGUCGUCCAGCCACUGACCGUGCCCAGUGUCACAUUGGAGGCCUUAGCCCGAUGCGGAGACGCGUCGCAAGCGGAGCUGGUCGUGUGAAAAAACGAGCUAGCCAAGCGAGCUAGCGGGUGGACGCCAAGAGAGGCUAAUGUUUUUAAGCCUAUCACAACAAGCCCGCUAGGCUCCUUAAACACAACCUGCCUCUGAAGACACCGCAAGAACCUAAAUAAGUCACCGUCUACAAUAAAACAACUGAGCCAUGGGUGCCUUCCUGGACAAGCCCAAGACGGAGAAGCACAACUCCCACGGGGAAGGAAAUGGAAUUUGCUACGGGCUGAGCUCCAUGCAGGGCUGGCGAGUAGAGAUGGAGGAUGCUCAUACCGCCGCAUUGGGAUUACCCACUCCUGGCAUGGCCGACUGGUCAUUUUUUGCGGUCUACGACGGCCACGCGGGCUCCAAAGUUGCCAAUUACUGCUCAAAGCACCUUUUGGAACACAUAAUCAGUGGUUUAGGGGUCCAAGGGCAGCAAAGCUCGCUGGCUGGUUCAGAGAGCACCCCCAAUGACGCCCUUGUUGCCCCCACAGUAGAGGCUGUCAAAGCGGAGAUCAGGACAGGCUUCCUGAGGAUAGACGAGCACAUGCGCAGCUUCUCCGACCUGCGAAACGGCAUGGACCGAAGUGGCUCCACGGCCGUGGGCGUCCUCCUGUCGCCCGAGCAUUUCUUUUUCAUGAACUGUGGCGAUUCUCGGGCUGUCCUGUACCGAGACUCCCAAGUGUGCUUCUCCACGCACGACCACAAGCCUUGCAACCCGCGCGAGAGAGAGCGCAUCCAGAACGCCGGCGGAUCCGUAAUGAUCCAGCGGGUGAACGGGUCGCUGGCUGUGUCCAGGGCCUUGGGGGACUACGAUUACAAGUGUGUCGUUGGCAAAGGACCUACCGAGCAGCUGGUGAGCCCCGAGCCGGAGGUUUAUGAGAUGUUCCGGAGCCCUGAGCAAGACCAGUUUGUGAUCCUGGCGUGCGACGGGAUCUGGGACGUCAUGUCCAACGAGGAGCUCUGCGAUUUUGUGAAAUCGAGGCUUGAGGUGUCUGAUGAUCUGGAGAGAGUCUGCAAUGAAGUAUUGGACACCUGCCUGCACAAGGGGAGUCGAGAUAACAUGAGCGUUGUAUUGGUGUGUUUGCCCAACACUCCUAAAGUGUCAGAGGAAGCCGUGAGGAGGGAUGCCGAGCUCAACCAGUACCUGGAGUCCCGAGUGGAAGAGAUGCUGUCCAGGCCGGCCGACGAGGGCGUCCCCGACCUGGUCACUGUGAUGAGGAACCUGACCGCAGACUGCAACAUGCCCUCUCUGCCACCAGGGGGAGGCCUCGCCAGCAAACGCAGUGUCAUUGAAGCAGUGUACCACCGUUUAAAUCCAUGCAGAGAAGAAGAAGGGCCCUCCUGUUUCAUUUGAGCGGCGCUGACUUGGAGUGCCACUGGUAGACGGUCGGAACGACUUCCCGAUUGGCCGGAUGGAUUUAAAACAGAAAAAGCCAGGAUCACAAAUGUUUUCUUUACAAUUCCUCACACUGAAAGACCACAAGGAGAAGUCCUGUUGUGCAAAACAUGGGAGCAAGAAUACGUUUAUUUUUGAAAAAAUUUUUUGGGACUGCUCCGGAUACUUUUAGGCUUCCCCACUUGCUGAGAUCUCUUAAAGAACUACACACCUGUCAAACGAUUCCCAAAGCAGUUUUUCCUGGGCGGCUACUAAAAGGGGAUUAAAGAGUGAACUUUGAAAACCACUUAAAGAACUUUUAAAAGCCACUAAGUCCAAAGACCCAAAACCUUCUGAUACCCUAACACAAGGGGGCGCUCACUGGAGCAUGACCGCAUUAGGUCCGGCUCCACGUCCAAAGUGAUGUCAGAUCUUUUUUUGCACGUGCUUCCUCCUCGACUCCACACUUGAUAUCAUUUACUAUUCCCCGGUCAUAUUUCAAGUAAGUGACAGCCGCGUGGCCUAACACAGUAUCACUCUUAACUGUAUUCCUUAUUGUUUCGACACGGUAACGUUCCAAAGACUCUACACACAAUCCUGCUUGUGAUGCCACUUCUCUUUUGUGAUUUGUUAAAUCAAUAAAUAAUGCCAAAACAUGAAUUUCAA